AUGCACAAGAAGAACGCCUGGAUACAGAGCCGCCUCCUCCACAUCUCACACGCCCUCGAGGAAGACGCUAGAAAUGGCCUGGAAAAGAGCAAUAUCUACCUCUACAGCCCCACGAGGCAUCCCCUCAUAAAAAAGCAGACGCCCUCCGAGGAGUACUCCAUCGGAAAACUCGUCAAGAACAUCCUCACAGCAAAGCAGAGAAGAGCCUACGAGAAGCAGAAAAACAGUCCCUGCACCCACAGAAUGUGCUCCCAGAAGUGGAAGGAUGUCCAUCUGGCAGUGGGAACAGAGGGAAUUCACGCCCUCUUCAGAGACUACACCGUCUUGGAGCGAGUGGAUGGCGCAUACAUAAAGUACUUCUCCGACGAGAUCCAGAUCAUAGAGAGGGAGAAGCACAGGAGAGCCAGAAAAAUCGCAAAACAGGACAGAGACUUCGAGAUGAAAGAAGUCACGCAGGAGAGAAUAUACGCAGGAAAGCAUGCGGAGUACGCAGAUGAAAUUGCGCUGCUUCUUAGAAAUAUCCGGAAAGUCGGGACCCGCGGGAUAGUCGCAUCCUUCGAGAGGGAGAAGGCGAAAAAAGCCCGAAAAGAGGAAAAAACAGGAAUUUCUGCGUGCGAAGUCUCCGUGGAGACGGCAGUUCGACUCGUUUAUGCCGUUGUGAAAAAGGUCUUUUCUCCCGUUAUUCCCCCUGCAGGAAUGCCCCGCAUAAAGAAGAAGAUCCGCUGGUUUCUCGCCUGCAAAAAUGCAGUCAUUCGGUACGCGGAUAUACACGCUGGGAUCCGCACUAACUUCCCGCAGAGGGUCCGGAAUGGGCGUCCGCUUGAGUAUAAGGAGUACAUCCUUUGUACCGUUAACUUUAUCUUUACGCGGUAUAUUCCGUACCUUUUGGGGGCGCACCUGAAAGAUAACGGAAAAACGGGAAGUGAAGUAAGGUACUUUUUCGCUGGAGAGUAUGCCCGCAUGAAGAAGGAGUUCAUACAAAAGUACAUUGAGAAGUACUUUGUCUCCGUCCAGAAGGCAGAGGUCAAUACGAACGAUAUAUCCCACAUAAACGCAAUUGCAAAGAAAAACGCAUUUCGCGUCGUCUUUAAAAAGGCCUACGAGAACGACGUAUUCUCCCUCGCGAAGAACAAAGACACUUUCCACGAGAAGAGAAUAUGCAGUAUUCUAACGAGAGAGGCCAACGAAAGAGCAGAGUGGGAGAGAAGCAGGGAGGGAAGACCCCCUAGGACACGGGUGAAUAACUCCGUCUUCAAGCUGUCCGACGGAAUGAAGAGAAUAGAGCAGUUCAGGACCGAAUUCAGAGAAUUCUUUGAGAGUAGGAGGGAACUCUUCGUCCUGACCCUGGACUUGGAGAACUUCUUCGAUAAUGUCUCCCUGGAGGCCGUCAAGAGAAUGUCUCUCGUCAGAAAACUCAUGGGAAAAAGGGAGUACGAAGUAUUCAUAUGGGAAGAUACGUCUUUUGAGGGCCAUAAAGUCCACAGGAGAGCUGUCUUGUACCCGAACGAGCAGACGAACAAGGGAGAUACGAUUCUCACAGGGCUCCCAAAGAGGGUGUUUCGGAAGUUUAUGUCGCAGAACAUCAUCACAAACACGGAAAUAGAGGAGCUUCUCAACAGGAGAAUCCACAACUCAGUCAUCCGAUACGGGAGUGCCUACUACAGAAGAGUCACGGGAAUAAAUCAGGGCUGCAGAUUUGCCUCCCACAUUUGCUCGUACUACCUCGCGCAUAUAGACGAGGAAAUAUACGGGGACAUGAAAUACACGCGCGCUGUCCGGUACGUAGACGACUCCCUGGUCCUUUCCUGGAGCAAGGAGGAGCUCGCCCUCGUGCUGGAGAGACUCUGUGCGAUGCAGGGAAGAAAUGGGCUCGCCCUAAACGCGAAAAAGUGCCAACUUCUGACCCUGAAAAAAGAAACGGAUUUUUCCCUUUUGGGAAAGAUAGACCUGAAAAGGGCAAAAACCUUCAAAUGGUGCGGAAUCAGCUUCGACAUGGAGAGCCUCUACCCGGCCAUGCAGUGGAGUGAGGCAAAAACAGCAGAUCUCGUGCAGAGUAAGUCCGCCAUCCUCCGGAGGAUGCACUACAGCCUCAACCUCGGCAGAGAGUCCGGGCUUUUCCACCCUGAGAACCUGAGCAGGCACACGAACUUGCGCCUUUUCGUCAGGUGCCACGUGGAAAAGCUCCUUCACGCGUGCAGCAAAACCCCAAACCAGCACAUGGAGAAAACCCUCCUGCGCAUUCUCCGGAGGAAGAUAUGCACUGCCCUCGCAAGUACCGGCCUCCCAGAGACAGACAUAAAAAAGGCCUUCAAUGCAGCCGUAUACAUAUGCAAGAAAAAG